AUGCCAUCCUCUCCAUCGUUUCUCGAGCUCUGGCCGGCCCAAACUGUUGCUGCUGUCGACGCCGUCUCCGUAUCACCUCCUUCGCCCUCCCCCCCACCCCAACGCCCUAGAUCACCCAAAAGACGCAGGAUAAGCGAGAUUUAUGGAAUAGAGCCGGCCACCGGAACGUCGUCCAAGUGGGCCAGGCAGCUGGUGACUGACCAGGCCGAAGUCGCGGAGGCGAAAUCACGGUGUCAGUUUUUGUCGGGCAACGAUAUAAUUUCUUGUUUUCCUACAAGCGACUCGCUCAUUCCUCAACAUGAAUGGGCAACCUUUGUUUGGAAUUCACGCCGACCAGAGCUCACGCAGUUCAACCGAGUAGACAUAUUCCUUUUCCGUGGCGACUCGCUCCAACAACUCCUGCACUUUCGCAACGUCAUCAAUCCCGUAGACCAAGCUGGAUCAAUAACUGCCCAAGUGAACGACACAUGGUUUGGAAGUGAUGGCCUGAAAUGGGAUGGUCGAAACGUUUCAUAUCCCUUCUACUGGGUUAUCACGCGAAGUGACAAGGAACUAGAUGGCUCUCAGCUCCCACAGUCGACUUUCAGAGCAGUUCAAACAACGGUUGCUGAUUCAGUUGCUGCCGCCAUUGCCUCGAGCUCCGCUGCUGCUGCUGCGGCAUCGUCCUCGUCAUCAGCCCUAGCGGCGUCGGCUUCGGCGGCGUCGACCUCUUUCUCAGGAACAAGUACCGGAACCUCCCCCGUUGCGACAGGAUCGUCCAAUGGAUCCCUUCAACCAGGCUCGAAUGAUUCGUCCUUUCCCAAGUGGGCGAUUGCGGUCAUCGUGAUCCUUGGGUUUCUCGCGAUAGCUGCAACAUGCAUUCUCGUCUUCCUCAUCAUUCGGCGAAUGCGAAGACGAAACUCGGAGUUUGGCUCAAACCGAAAUUCCAUGGGCUCGGCAUCUCCUAUGAUAGAACACCCCGCCGGAAACCCUCAGUCCCCUCUGCUCGCUGGAGGUGUCGCCAGGCAAACAUCGUCUGUCGGUCAGCGAGCUCCAAGUAUCGUCUCUCCCGACGGGGCUUCUGAGGUGAGUAGGGCGAACUCGGCGGACCAAGGACCCUUUUCAGGUGCGGAUGCUGCAAUCAUGGCCCAAGCCUUUCGGACGGCGUUGCGGAAACCGGAUUUCGCGGAUCAGCCAGUUGAAGAGGGAGAACCUGAAGCCCCGCAAAGAGAUGUUCUGAGUAGAGAACUGGCAGAGGAAGGACGAGAUUUGCGCAGCGUCAGCUCGUCGAGAGGGGUCAAAGUGGAAACGCUAAGCGAUCAAGAAGGCACAAUCCAGGAUCACAGAUGA